GGGAAUAAGGAACUGUCCGGAAGAAAGACAGUAAGUGUAGCGUCAGUGCUCACAAUAAUCAAACAGCAACGGAUCUUGAUAUCUCUCUUCGGAGACCAUAUUAUCACGAAGCACAGUUGUCAACCCCUUGGCACAAGAACUGCUAUCUCUGUCAACCUGACAAGGAAGAAGACCCAAGCAUCAGCUACCCUUCCCAUUGUCGAUUGCUUUCGCAUCCUCAUCUUACUUUCUCUCAUUCUAGCUGUCCUUGACGCUAUUAUCUAUCUAUCUGGCACAAUGACAAGCAGAGCAGCAAAUAAUGACGAAUAUACAGAACCUUUGAGCUCUGCGGCACUGGCGGCUCAGCUCAAUCUUCCCGCCUCUGUCGCUGAUCCAGCGUUGUUGACCUACCGGUCGGUGGGUAUCGGCUGCUUUGGCGUUCUCAUGAGGUUCGGUGGCAUGCCUUUGGAAAAGAUCGCCCUGUUUAUGAACUCCAGUCAAGUAUCCGGCAAGGGACAGUUUGGACAAGCCAUCCAGCUCACGUUCAAAGAUGGAGCCCUCGCACCCUACCGGGUAGUGGGACGUGCUUCUCUUGUGGCAUGGUUCUUUCAAUACAGUGUCAUGGGAUUUGCCUUUCAGCUGGUCGAUCAAGGACUCUCCAAGAUGAUGGGAGUACCUGCGACUCCGUAUGGAAGUGAACUCAUGAAGCCACCCGGCAGCAGCACCGGUCAGGAAGGAGACCAAGCAUCACUCGACUUUCGCAUCAAGUCGGCCGCCAAGACACUGUUGGCCCCGAUUCUGGCAGCCAGUCUAGAGUCCAAAGUCAGCAACCGAGCAGAAGUGCAACGAUACUUUGGAAAGCAACAAUUUGCCACUAUCGAGUCCAACUUGCUCGCACAAAGGAGCUACCCACUGCUCUCUCGCAUGGCUGGGCCUGCAUUUUUCCCGUCUGCCAUGAGGAACACCAUCAUGUGUCAGACCACCUUUGUCUUGACUCCCAUCACCUACAAGCUAUACUUCCCACAAGAGCACAAGACCAAAUCCAGCCUCUUUUGGUAUGGCUUGUCCAUGAACAUUUUUGUGGGUAACGUCGCCGCCAUUACCCAACAAGCACUCUGGGGACGAUCCUUGGAUAUGUUGGCCGAAAAGGGACGCAUUGACUAUUCUGCUGUCAUUCGUCAAGGGCUCCACAAGGAGGGCAUCGCAGCCUUCUUUACUGUUCCCAAAUGGGGCAGUCGUGUCCUGAUGAACGCUCCGGCUCAAGGUGUCUUGCCAUGGUUCUACAAUGAUGUCUUGCCCUUGGGCGAAAGGACCGUCUUGGCGGCCGUCAAGACGUGUGUGUACGAACCCUUCUGGAACGAGGUCGAGCAUACCACUACGGCGCGCCUUCCCGAGGCCGUCAAGGUGGAAACACAGGGCCCUCCACGCUUCACUGCUAACUCCCCAAGAUCAUGAGUGGGUACCGAGCAGAAAGAACUCCGCACAACCCAAGCUACCAUUACAUUUUUGCACGUUUUGCUACUACAUUUUUGCACCAUGCACUUUUGACCGCGCUUUUAUACAUUUUUUCAUCGACCAAGGAACAUUGCAGUUGAAAGGCUACCGUAACCUGCAUUCAUUGCAUGAUUUUGAUUUGACUUUUUCGUUAUACAUAUGCGGGAAGUUUGAAGUGCACGCUUGUCUCUAGGCACAGAGUGGUUGCCGUGACCCAGCUGUUACUUCAUAGCUUAACUUAUUUAAAAUCUCGUAUAACGAUACACUUUGACCCGUUUUGACCCAU